CCCCUUCUUUCAUUUCUCUAUUUCCUUAUCUCACUCAGCCACCAAAGCCCACACAAAAUACACACUCUAGCUCCCUCUAUUUCUCUCACUCCCUCACUGGUAAACCAGCCAUCUACCACCACGUUUGGCGGAUUUCACCGGAGAACCCCAUUAGAAACCCCAUACGCUCCAUUCUCUCAAGCUUUAAAGGUAAUGUAACCUGUGAGUUGUUUCAACACCAUGCCAUGUGCGAUUUUCCGGUGAUCACCCAAUUUGGUUUCCGUAGUCUUUGUGACAACGGAAUCAAAUCUAGGUCAGUGCCCUUUUACUUUGGAUGACGCGUUCUUCCCUACUGCCCAUGGGGGGAAGAGGUUCCUUGAUUGUGUGUGGGUGAGGCUGCUGCCCAUGGGGCCAAGAGACCACAUGCAAGAGAGGUCCUAUUUGACGCGCUCUCUUUGCUGCCGGGGGGAGAGAAAAACCUUGAGGGUAUGGGUGAGGCUGCUAUCCAUGGGGCCAAGAAUCUGCAUGCCAGAGAGGACAAUAUCAUGCCAGUUGUGAAUGGGUGGAUCCCCUGACCGGUCUAUGUGCUAGUAUGGUAGAUUUGUGAUAAAAUUACCGUAUGUAGAUUUUAUGGCUUUGGAAAUUAAAUUGUUAUUGCUCACAGAUUUUAAUAUACAGUUUCAUGGUAUUAUUUUGAGAAACUUUGUGUUUCAUCAUCUAAUCAUUCUUGUUACAUUAUUACAAAAAAUGAUCUUGCAGUAUCCAGUUAGCAAUUUCCCAAACUAAAACAUGUUUUGCAAACUGUUUAUAAUCAUGAAACUUGCAUUUCCCCCACCCCCAUUAAUUAUGCUACUUACUGGACUUUAGCUCAUCCUACUCUCCAACAGUUUUUCAAAUAAAUUCUCUAUACCUCAGGCAUGGAGCUUGUUUUAUUGGUGGUGAUUGGAGAAUUAUGCUAAGUGAGAGAUUUAUGCUAUGAUUGGUUAGUGACUCAAUCUUGCAAAGUUCAAUGAGAUCAUAAUCAAUUCGAUUGGAGGUUGGAUACUUCAGGUCUAUUAGCCUUGGGUGUGGUAGGCCUAGAUUUUCUAUUGGGGUUGCAUACUUUAGAGAGGAUCAUGACUUUGUGUUUAUUUUAUUUGGAAUGUUGGAUUGUUAAGCGUAUUUGGAGUCACAUGAUUGUAGUUUGUUUUGCUUGUAAAUGUGUCAUAGAGCUCUGACUUGUAUUGUGGAGAGAUCAAUAUAUUUAUUUAUUUUAUCAAAUGGAAGAAAAAAAAAUCUCUUAUGUUCUCUCUUUUAAUUGUUCUUCCCUCACGCUUUGGACCCUCUUGGGUUUGGGGCGUGACACCUAAUCAUAAUAAUGAGUAAGGAUCAAAUCCUAAACGAACUUGUAUUAAAGUGGAUGUUGCAAAUCUUCCCACAGAUCCUAGUUUAAGAAUAAAAAUAGCAAGUUGAAUUAGCAUUUCGUGGCCAUGAUGAAUCUAAAGACUCCAAUAAUCAAGAAAAUUUUCUUGAAUUAUUAUGGUUUCUUGUAAAUCACAAUGAAGAAAUUGAUAAUGCAGUCCUCAAAAAUGCUCCUGAAAAUCAACAAACGACCUCUCUUGAUAUCCAAAAAAAAUAGCAAAUGUUGCAGUUGUUGAGACAAUAAAUGAUAUUAUUAAAGAUAUUGGAGACUCAUAAUUUGCUAUUAUAGUUGAUGAAUCACGUGAUAUGUCUACUAAAGAACAAUUGGCAAUUGCUUUGUGUUUUGUAGACAAAUUGUGACAUGUGAAUGAGCGCUUUUUAGGCAUUACACAUGUUAAUAAUACAUCAACAGUGACACUAAAGAGUGCAAUUGAUGAAGUAUUUAAUAAAUGUAGCUUAAGCAUUAGUAGAUUGCGGGGACAAGGCUACGACGGGGCAAGCAACAUGCGAGGUGAGUUAAAUGGACUAAAAACUCUUAUUUCGAAAGAUAAUCCUUCUGCCUAGUUAUGUCCAUUGCUUUACACAUCAACUUCAACUAACAUUAGUUGCAGUAGCAAAAACUCACAUAUAGAUUGCAACCUUUUUUAACUUGGUUGUAAAGGUAUUCAAUAUUGUUGGAGUAUCAUGCAAACGUCGUGAUAUUCUUCGAAAAAAACGUAGUGCUAAAGUUAUAGAAGCACUAAAAAAUAAUGAAAUUUCAACUGGUCAUGGCUUGAAUCAAGAAAUGAGUCUAAAAAAACCUGGAGAUACACAUUGGAGUUCUCAUUAUGGUGCACUUGUUAAUCUUAUUCACGUGUUUUCUUCUGUAAUUGAUGUGAUUGUAACUAUUAUAGAAGAUGGUUUAGAUUCUGAUCAGAGAGCAGAAGCAAAUAUCUUAAUUGGUUUACUCCGAACAUUUGAAUUUGUGUUUGAUUUACAUUUGAUGAAAGGUGUGCUUGGCAUAAGUAAUGAGUUGUCACAGGCAUUACAACAAAAAGAUCAAGAUAUUGUGAAUGCUGUGAAGUUGGUUGAUAUUUCAAAGCAACGUUUACAAGUCAUGAGAGGUGAUGGGUGGAACUCUUUGCUAGAGGAGGUUUUUGCAUUUUGUGCAAAAAAUAAUAUUGUUGUUCCUAAUAUGGAUGAUUUAUAUCAACCUCAGCCACAACGAAAAGCUCAAAACAUGAAAAGUUCACAUCAUUAUCCAGUGGAGCUUUUUUAUACUGUUAUAGAUAUGCAACUUCAAGAACUUAAUAGUCGUUUUAAAAUUUUUGAAUUAUUACUUUGUGUUGCAUGUUUGAACCCAGAUAACUUAUUUACAACAUUCAACAAGGAGAUAUUGAUUCGGCUUCCUCAGUUUUAUCCAAGUGAUUUUUCAACAAUUCAAGUUUCUUUCUUGGAUAACCAACUUGCGACAUACAUCCAUGACAUGCGGUCCACUGAAGAGUUUUUAGCACUUAAAGGAAUUGGACAGCUUGCUGAAAAGAUGGUAGAAAUAAAAAAGGAUGUUUCAUAUCCAUUGGUUUACUCAUUAGUGACUUUGGCAUUUAUCUUACUAGUUGCAACUUGUUGGGUUCUAAGACUUUAGGUUUAAAUGUAUUAGAACUUCAUUUUGUAAUGUUGGCAAACCAUGAUCAAAACGUUUGGGCUUGUUUUAGACUUGCUCAAAGUAUGUUUAUGUGUAAAGUUGGAAUUGAGUGUACUGUAGGAUUUAUUAUGUAAAUCUGCCUGGCUCGAUCGAUCGAGAAUUAGACUCGAUCGAUCAAAACUCGUGUAGAUUGUUUUUCUGCAAAAUUUUCCAACUCAGCCCAAGCCCAUUUGACGUGAAGGGUUUUAUGUUUUGCCUUAAGCAUAAAAGGAAAAACCUUAGCCACGUUUUUAUUGUUGUUGUUUAUGCUGUGUAUAUGAAUCUCUUGUGAGAUCUAGAGCUAUUCGCCUUCACAUAUACUUCGGUUAUCAAGAAUCAAGAUUAUGUCAAGAACUUGAUGAUCAGUUCGGUUGCUGCAUAAAGAGCUUAACGAUACACAAGUGGGAGUACUUGUGCUUGCUGUGAAUCUAAGAAAGAAGUAGUCUGUGGACUCGGAGC